AUGCAAUUCGAUAACACGUCAUCACGUCUUGCAGAACUAAAUCAUGCGCAAGCGUUACGAAACAUUCCGAUAGUCGUGUACCUUGGAUUAGUUGGAAUCACAGGAUGUAUUGGAAAUUCUUUAGUGUUUUACAUUUAUGCAUCAAUUUAUACAAAAUUAAAUUCCAGAAUUUUCUUACUUUUUCUUGCUGCAAUAGACUGGAGCACUUGCGUCAUAGAUAUUCCAUUGGAAAUCAUUACUGUACUUAACGAAUACAAUUUCCAAGAUACGUUGCUAUGUAAAUUUUCAAGAACAGGAAACGCACUAACCACCCUUUACGCUGGUGGGGUAUUGCUUGCAAUAGCAGUUGACAGAUAUUUGAAAAUAUGUCGCCCAGUGGGAUUUCAAAUUUCAAACAGGACGGCCAAAUUACUCUGUAUUGUGUUGUUUUUUGUUACACUUCUUCUCGUAUGGCCUGAAUUUGUUAUGAAUGGUUCGAAAACUGUUGUGAUCAAAGGUGAAGGAUUAAAUGGAACGGAGUGUUCGAUCGAAGAUGUUUAUCAAAAAUCAGCAUAUCCGACUGUCUUCAAGUUUCUGAUUUUUAUUCUAUUCACCGCAACGUUGUCAAUAAUGAUUGUCAUGUAUUGUCUGAUCGGGAGAAAGGUGAGAUUCUUUGCCUACAAAAAUGAAAGACGUGGCAGCCAGUCUAAGUCUAAUACGUUAGAUAGCACCGAAAACUUAGGCGAUGUUUCUAAUCUAAAGAGGUUACAGCGAACUGAGAACUCUAACGCCGCUGCAAUGAACGAGUAUGUUCAUGUGUCAAAGAGUAAUAGUAAAGAUAUUGUAAACACGACUUAUAAUAGCAAUGACAGUAUUGAUGAUUUUAAAUCUAUGGAUUCACAAACAUCCGAGAUCGGGACAAUUGAGAGAAAGAAACCAUUCAAAAUCCAACUAUCUACUACCCAACUGGAUCAGAUAAAACGCAGACGAACGUUGGCACGAAAUACAACAUAUCUUAUGUUUAUUGUAACGUUUUCAUUUAUCAUUGCAGGUCUGCCUUACUUGAUUCUUAUAAUUCUAAACAAUGUCAUUGACAAUUUCGUGUUAAAUAUGAAUCCAGGUGGUCGGGUCGUAUAUGGUUUCUUCUUGCGGUCAUAUUUCCUUGGUGCCACUGUGAACCCUAUAAUAUAUAGUAUAUUUGAUAGGAGAUUUAGACAUGCAUGUAGAAGAGUAGCGAGAACAUUGAAAUUAAAGGUCUGCAGAACAGAGGAGCUUGAUGUUUAGUAAGCAUAAUUCAUUACGCAUUUGACACUCAUGACUUGAUAUGUAUUGUACUUCUUUCUUUGUAAGGUGACAAUUAUGAUAUUAGAAGGAUUGAUUAGAAUUUUGAAAAUAACAACCAUAUACACAUUAUUCGAAUAGGGCAGUGUUUUAUUCUUAACUUAAGUUUUAAAUAAAUUGUGGGACUUCUUUUCUCCUAUUCGAAGAUAAGAUUUUUUAAUGAUCAACGAUGACGCUAAAUGAAACUAAAUAAAUUAUAUUAAAACACCAAAACAGACGGAGUUGAACAUGAGGAGUAACAGCCUGUAACAUUUCUUUUCCUUUUCUACAUUUGGAUUUUCCAUUGACUUUUCCACGAACAUUGCUAAAAUUUUUCCCUACAUUAUUAUGACAUUCUUAUGUGAAAUCUACACAUAUGAACACUAACUGAUAAAUAAAGAGUGUAAGAAGGCCUGAAUUAUCUUUCAACAUAUAAAGUACUUUGAACAUACCAUUAGUAUCUUCGAACUUUCUUUAAAGCGGUUAUUUCAUACAGGAAUUUUGUUUUA